UGCACUUACUUAUUGUCUCUUUAAUGUUAAACUAUAGCUAUAGCUGUUUUCUUAAUUAAAGAAAACUAAAAAAAAUUCCACAAAAAUAUCUCACCAUGCACAAGACACUGUCCUAUAUUCCUCGAAUAAAUCGCUCACUAAUUCCUACGAAAUUCAUCGGCCGUUCAGUAUCAACGGGUGGAUUUAACGUAAAAUUAAGCGAUGAUCAACGAGAAAUGCAAGAAUCGGCUAGAAAAUUCACUAAAGAGGAAAUAAUUCCGAUGGCAGCGUACUUCGAUAAAACUGGUGAACAUCCACAUAACAUUGUGAAAAAAGCCCAUGCCCUCGGUUUGAUGAAUCGCCACAUUCCACAAGACUAUGGUGGUCUCGGACUUAGCGUUUUUGAAUCAUGUUUAAUUACGGAGGAGUUAGCUUUCGGUUGCACUGGCAUUUUGUUAGCGAUUGAAGGUACGGCUUUAGCUCAAACACCGCUGAUUUUAGCCGGAAAUGCCGAACAGAAAAAGAAAUACCUAGGAAGACUUAUCGAAGAGCCAAUCCAUACUGCAUAUGCUGUGACUGAACCUGGAGCCGGAUCAGACGUGAAUGGCAUAAAAACGAAAGCCGAAAAGAAGGGAGACGAGUGGGUAAUUAACGGUCAAAAAAUGUGGAUUACUAACGGAGGCAUCGCUAAUUGGUACUUUGUACUGGCCAGAACGAAUUCCGAUCCAAAAGCUCCGGCUAACAAAGCGUUCACUGGCUUCAUUGUCGAAGCUAACACAUCUGGUGUAACUCCUGGCCGAAAGGAACUGAACAUGGGACAACGUUGCUCUGACACGCGUGGAAUCACAUUCGAAGACGUUCGAGUGCCGAAAGAAAAUGUUGUGAUGGGCGAAGGAGCUGGCUUCAAAAUUGCAAUGAUGACUUUUGAUAAGACUCGUUCUUCCGUGGCUGCCGCUUCCGUUGGACUUGCAAAGAGAGCCUUUUAUGAAGCCACAAAUUAUUCACUGCAAAGGACAACAUUUGGUGUGCCAAUCGCUAAUCAUCAGGCUGUUUCAGCGUUACUAGCUGACAUGGCAAUUGGUGUUGAAACGGGGCGCUUGUCUUGGAUGAGAGCUGCAUGGGAAGUGGAUAAUAACGCUCAAAAUAGGGGUUAUCACGCUGCAAUAGCCAAGUGUUAUGCAUCGGAUAUGUGCAAUCGUGUCGCUUCCGAUGCUGUACAAGUGUUUGGUGGCGCAGGUUUUAACUCGGAGUAUCCUGUGGAGAAAUUGAUGCGUGACGCUAAGAUACUUCAAAUAUAUGAAGGCACAUCCCAAAUCCAAAGGCUCAUAAUUGCGAAGUCUUUGAUUGCCGAUGCAAUGGAGAGAGCAUAGCAGUGAAGAUCGACUUUUUAUCAUCUGUUGUACAAGAACUGUGUUUAAAUAAAAAUAAAUUUGUGGUUGACUGCAAGCUCCACAGCAAA